CCAGUGAGCGCAGGAGAUGGGCGGACAGCAACAGCUGUGCACUUGUGUAUACCUUGACGCCCGCUGUCUAUGCUGAGCGCAGCACAGUGAUCAGAGCUGUCCCCGGUCUCGGCGUACUGCAUUACGGCGGCAGCAGCAACAGCAGCAGCGCACUAAUAGCAACACUACCCCGUUGGCCACAGGCUGGCAGAGGCAGAAUAAUGGAAAACAAUUGUUCCUCUGUGGAUUAGUAAAACGAGAAAGGACAUAAAAAUGGGUCAGCUCCAGUUGGUGGAGCCAGUGAUGGCAGUCUACUGCUUUGCAAGUUUUGUGAGCUACCCGAUAAUGCAGCAGUUUGUAUAUCAAAGGCUGUGGGAGGAAGAGUUUAAUACUACUGUCAUGUACAAUGACAACACAUCUGCUUGUGAAACAAACCAGAGUAACCCCAACUAUAUACAUCGAAAGGUGGUUCAAAAACGAGCAUCCAUUUUCUCUACAACAAUUGAUUUAAGUUCACUUAUUCCAAGUCUUUUAACGGCUUUAAUACUGGUAUCAUAUGGUGACCACCAUGGACGUAAAGCUUCUAUAGUGCUACCCUGUGUGGGUGGCUUCCUGACCAUCGUUGGAUUCACUGCAGUUUCGUUCUUUGACUUACCUCUUGAAAUCUUAUAUCUCUCAGCGGUGUUAAGUGGAUUCCUGGGUGGCUUUGCAACAUUAAUUGGAGGCUGCUUUGCUUAUGUAGCUGACAUUGCUAAGGACGUCCGGAAAAAAAAUGUACGCAUAGCUUUUAUGGACAUGGUCCUGGGUGUGUCAAGUGGCAUUGCAGGGAUCGUAUCAGGGUACACUAUCAAAGGACUAGGAUUUAGGUGGUCCUUUGCCCUUCCAGCAUCUCUUCACAUUAUCAAUAUUUUAUAUAUCAUUUUUAUCCUGAAAGAAUCCGUGAAAAGGUCAGAAUUUCAGCAGCACGUGCUGAGCAAAGAAGGGUUUACCGAACUUUUUUCUGGAGUUUAUACACUUUUUAAGAAUGCGUCUUGCAACAAACGGGUUACCAUUAGCCUCCUACUCUUUGCCUUUAUGGCAUAUUUGCUUGCAAAUAUUGGAGCCCUAGGCCUUUUUACUCUGUAUGAGUUGGACUCUCCUCUCUGCUGGGAUCCAGUCCUAGUUGGAUGGGGGUCAGCCCUUUCCACGUUCUGUUUUGUGGGCAGCUUCCUUGGCGUGUUCUUUUUCACCCGCUGCAUGAAAGAUGCUUACAUUGUCUUCAUUGGAAUGGCAUCAUGGAUUGCAGGGAUUACUAUGGCUGCGUUUGCGACAACAACCAUCACCAUGAUGUUAGUGAGACUGCCUAUGCUGUUUGCUUCGAUGCCUCUUCCUGUCAUGAGGUCAAUGAUGUCCAAAGUGGUUUUAGAAAAUGAACAAGGAGCACUGUUUGCUUGCAUUGCUGUUCUGGAGAGUUUAACUGGAAGCAUCACAGUUGCAGUCUUUAAUGGCAUCUACGCAGCUACAGUCCUGUGGUUUCCUGGGUUCUCCUUCCUGUUAUCAGCUUUUCUCUGCUUAAUUCCAUUUGGUGUAGUGUGGCUCCUGCUCUGCAUCGGGUACCAAGAAAGGGACCAUGUUCUUCUUGUUAAUGAAGAGGAAUCUUGAUUUACAUAAUUCCUGAGUUGAAGGCACUUUAGGAGAGCUCCUAGCUCAGUGCAUAUUUUCAUGAAAUAGAGUGGUGUGUUAUCAGGUAGGAAAUUUCUCAUUGCAACAAGAAUAUCUGCAGAGGACUAUGUUCUGCUCAGAGACUGACCAUGACCGAUGUGAAGGUCCACCAGCAAGUUUGCACAGAUUUAUCAUUCAAUAUGUAAUGGAUACAUAUUAUACGGACGCACAUAAAGCACACUAUACAGACAUGACAAAGUCAUGGGGAAUAAAUAGUCACUGCUCUACCAUUUCCCUGCACUAAACGUAUUAGAAUAUCUCACAAGUAGAUCUUCCAAUAACCUAAAUAGUAACAUCCUGUCUGAUUCACACUUAAAAAUGAAAUGAUUUUAUCGCACUAUACUGCUACUGUAAGAGCGGAUGUGCCCUCUUCUACCUAUGCAGAAACCUUUACUGGAGGGUCCCACUACAUGAAGGAAAACAAUAUGCUGCAAAAUACAGCAUGUUUCUGUGCCUGUCUGAAGGUCUCCCUUAAACCCCAAAAUAUUGACUGUCUAAUUUUAGCUGGACGUACUGAUGAGUCAUGUCUUCCACCUAUGCCCAGUGAUAUGAAGGGGGCAUCUUCUGCCUUCCUCUUCUCACCAGGACAGUAGUAGUGCUUGUCUAAGCCAGCCUUAUCAGUUCCGAUGUGAUAGUGCACACUUGUGGCAUGGGGGCGCUUAAGCUUCCAGUGAACGCGUCAAAAGCAGCAAAUACUUUACUAAUCAGGCUCUACCGGAGGUUUGUAAACUCAGGUUAUAUUUUUCCACAGUUUAUAUUCUGAUCCCCCCUCCACCAAGUCAUAGAUUUGUACAAUACCUGAAAAGUGCUGUAUGGAAUGGUUAAAAAUGUGGUUCCAAUGGUCAUGUAACCAUCACCUACAGGUCAGACCUCUGAUUCUCCGGCGUUCUGGUUUUUUGUCCACUAUCCCUAACCCCUUGCUCUUUCUCUAGUGCCUAACCCAGAGGUUCCCAAACUGUGUGCCGUGGCUCCCUGAGGUGCCUCGGGGACACUUGCAGGGGUGCCCUGGGUUGGUGGUCCAGGACCAAUUCAAAUUAUUCUUGGUCAAUAUAAUAGGCAAAACCAGUGCUGGUGGCUGUCAGUCAUACAAUAUGGUGAAAAACAGAAGCAAAUCUUGUCCCUCACCACACAAUUGAACCUAAGGAUGACAUAUAAAUGCGAUCUAGUUAAUGUAAUAUUUCUUUCUAAAUCUCUCAAUAAGAAAUUUUUGGCCUAGGGGUGCCGUGAAAAAAAAUCUGAUAUUCUAGGGUGCCGUGAUUCAAAAAAGUUUGGAAACCACUGGAACCCUAACCGCCCGCAGCAUAACCUCAACCCUGUGGUGCCAACCUUUUGACUACAUUCAUCUCAUGUUAUAUCAUCAUUUUCAGAUAUUUCCAAGGAAAAAAGAAAUGACAUAAAGGUGUACUUAAUGUCCCACUUUAUACGGGGAAAAUCAAGUUUUAAGCAUUUAUGCAGGAUGUAUAAUAUUAGGGCUCUGUAAGCAGCAAUUAUGUUACAGUAUAGGUAAUGUGGCCAUAGAGUUAGCACAGGCUGUAAUCCAUGGCACCUAACUAGAUUUAUGCUCUGAACUGUUCUGUAGAGGUACAAGAGUGUAUUGCUCAUACUGCACACAUUUUGCACAUUACACCCAGAUAGGGUAAGCCAGGCUCUUCAGUCCACUCAGCGUGGGGAAAUUAUUAUUGCCAAAGAUAUGUAAUAUAUACACUUUCAUGCAUUUUAUAUUCCUUUUCAUACAAACGUAAUUUGAGGCUAAAGACAAUUGAGCUUGUUUGUACUUGUAUAAACACAAAUAUGUACAAGAACAUGUAUAAAGGGUGUGUCAGGAUACAAAUGAUGAUGUAUAAAAUACAUAGAGCUAAAUUAAUUUUCAAAUGCAAUACAUGUUUUUAAUUAGAAUUAUUUUUAUUAAACUAUGUAAGAUAAA